AUGGGCACUAGUUACCUCCGCACUUCCAUCACCCCUCCCCAUUCUCCCUCUUUCCAUCACCCCGCCCCAUUCUCCCUCUUUCCAUCAUCCCGCCCCAUUCUCCCUCUUUCCAUCACCCCGCCCCAUUCUCCCUCUUUCCAUCACCUCGCCACAUUCUCCCUCUUUCCAUCAACCUGCCCUAUUCUCCCUGUUUCCAUCACCCUACCCCAUUCUCACUGUUUCCAUCACCCCGCCCCAUUCUCCCGCUUUCCAUCACACCACCCCAUUCUCCCGCUUUCUAUCACACCACCCCUUUCUCCCGCUUUCCAUCACCCCGCCCCAUUUUCCCUCUUUCCAUCACCCCGCCCCAUUCUCCCGCUUUCCAUCACCCCGCCCCAUUCUCCCGCUUUCCAUCACCCCGCUCCAUUCUCCCGCUUUCCAUCACCCCGCCCAAUUCUUCCUCUUUCCAUCACCCCUCCCCAUUCUCCCUCUUUCCAUCACCCCGCCCCAUUCUCCCGCUUUCCAUCACCCCGCCCCAUUCUCCCUCUUUCCAUCACCCCGCCCCAUUCUCCCGCUUUCCACCACCCAGCUCCAUUCUCCCGCUUUCCAUCACCCCGCCCAAUUCUCCCUCUUUCCAUCACCCCUCCCCAUUCUCCCUCUUUCCAUCACCCUGCCCCAUUGUCCCUCUUUCCAUCACCCCGCCCCAUUCUCUCGCUUUCCAUCACACCACCCCAUUCUCCCGCUUUCCAUCACCACGUCCCAUUUUCCCUCUUUCCAUCACCCCGCCCCAUUCUCCCGCUUUCCAUCACCCCGCCCCAUUCUCCCGCUUUCCAUCACCCCGCUCCAUUCUCCCGCUUUCCAUCACCCCGCCCAAUUCUCCCUCUUUUCAUCACCCCUCCCCAUUCUCCCUCUUUCCAUCACCCCGCCCCACUCUCCCGCUUUCCAUCACCCCGCCCUAUUCUCCCUCUUUCCAUCACCCCGCCCCAUUCUCCCGCUUUCCAUCACCCCGCCCCAUUCUUCCUCUUUCCAUCACCCCGCCCCAUUCUCCCGCUUUCCAUCACCCCGCCCCAUUCUCCCUCUUUCCAUCACCCUGCCCCAUUCUCCCUCUUUCCAUCACCCCGCCCUAUUCUCCUGCUUUCCAUCACCCCGCCCCAUUCUCCCGCUUUCCAUCACCCCGCCCCAUUCUCCCGCUUUCCAUCACCCCGCCCCUAUCUCCCGCUUUCCAUCACCCCGCUCCAUUCACCCGCUUUCCAUCACCCCGCCCCAUUCUACCGCUUUCCGUCACCCCACCCCAUUCUCCCUCUUUCCAUCACCCCGCCCCAUUCUCCCUCUUUCCAUCACCCCGCCCCAUUCUCCCGCUUACCAUCACCCCGCCCCAUUCUCCCUCUUUCCAUCACCCCGCCCCAAUUUCCCUCUUUCCAUCACCCCGCCCCAUUCUCCCACUUUCCAUCACCCUGCCCCAUUCUCCCUCUAUCCAUCACCCCGCCCAAUUCUACCUCUUUCCAUCACCCCGUCCCAUUCUCCCGCUUUCCAUCACCCCGCCCCAUUCUCCCUCUUUCCAUCAACUCGCCCCAUUCUCCCGCUUUCCAUGACCCCGCGCCAUUCUCCCGCUUUCCAUCACCCCGCUCCAUUCUCCCGCUUUCCAUCAACCCGCCCAAUUCUCCCUCUUUCCAUCACCCCUCCCCAUUCUCCCUCUUUCCAUCAGCCCGCCCCAUUCUCCCGCUUUCCAUCACCCCGCCCCAUUCUCCCUCUAUCCAUCACCUCGGCCCAUUCUACCACUUUCCAUCACCCCGCCCCAUUCUCCCACUUUCCAUCACCCCGCUCCAUUCUCCCGCUUUCCAUCACCCCGCCCAUUUCUCCCGAUUUGCAUCACCCCGCCCCAUUCUCCCGCUUUCCAUCACCCCGCUCCAUUCUCCCUCUUUCCAUCACCCCGCCCCAUUCUCCCUCUUUCCAUCACCUUGCCCUAUUCUCCUGCUUUCCAUCACCCUGCCCCAUUCUCCCUCUUUCCAUCACCCCGCCCCAUUCUCCCGCUUUCCAUCACCCCGCCCCAUUCUCCCUAUUUCCAUCACCCCGCCCCAUUCUCCCUCUUUCCAUCACCCCGCCCCAUUCUCCCGCUUUCCAUCACCCCGCCCCAUUCUCCCUCUAUCCAUCACCCCGCCCCAUUCUACCACUUUCCAUCACCCCGCCCCAUUCUCCCGCUUUCCAUCACCCCGCCCAAUUCUCCCUUUUUCCAUCAACCCUCCCUAUUCUCCCACUUUCCAUCACCCCGCCCCAUUCUCCCGCUUUCCAUCACCCCGCCCCAUUCUCCUGCUUUCCAUCACCCCGCCCCAUUCUCCCGCUUUCCAUCACCCUGCCCCAUUCUCCCGCUUUCCAUCACCCCGCCCCAUUCUCCCGCUUUCCAUCACCCCGCCCCAUUCUCCCUCUUUCCAUCACCCCGCCCCGUUCUCCCGCUUUCCAUCACCCCGCCCCGUUCUCCCGCUUUCCAUCGCCCCGCCCCAUUCUCCCGCUUUCCAUCACCCCGCCCCAUUCUCCCGCUUUCCAUCACCCCGCCCCAUUCUCCCUCUUUCCAUCACCCCACCCCAUUCUCCCGAUUUGCAUCAACCCGCCCCAUUCUCCCGCCUUCCAUCACCCUGCCCCAUUCUCCCUCUUUCCAUCACCCCGCCCCAUUCUCCCGCUUUCCAUCACCCCGCCCCAUUCUCCCUCUUUCCAUCACCCCGCCCCAUUCUCCCGCUUUCCAUCACACCACCCCAUUCUCCCGCUUUCCAUCACCACGCCCCAUUUUCCCUCUUUCCAUCACCCCGCCCCAUUCUCCCGCUUUCCAUCACCCCGCCCCAUUCUCCCGCUUUCCAUCACCCCGCUCCAUUCUCCCGCUUUCCAUCAACCCGCCCAAUUCUCCCUCUUUCCAUCACCUCUCCCCAUUCUCCCUCUUUCCAUCACCCCGCCCCAUUCUCCCGCAUUCCAUCACCCCGCCCCAUUCUCCCGCUUUCCAUCACCCCGCCCCAUUCUCCCGCUUUCCAUCACCCCGCCCCAUUCUCCCUCUUUCCAUCACCCCGCCCUAUUCUCCUGCUUUCCUUCACCCCUCCCCAUUCUCCCGCUGUCCAUCACCCCACCCCAUUCUCCCGCUUUCCAUCACCCCGCCCCAUUCUCCCGCUUUCCAUCACCCCGCCCCAUUCUCCCUCUUUCCAUCACCCCGCCCCAUUCUCCCUCUUUCCAUCACCCCGCCCCAUUCUCCCUCUAUCCAUCACCCCGCCCAAUUCUUCCUCUUUCCAUCACCCCGCCCCAUUCUCCCGAUUUCCGUCACCCCGCCCCAUUCUCCCUCUUUCGAUCACCCCGCCCCAUUCUCCCUCUUUCCUUCACCCUGACCCAUUCUCCCGCUUUCCAUCACCCCGCCCCAUUCUCCCGCUUUCCAUCACCCCGCCCCAUUCUCCCUCUUUCCAUCACCCCGCCCCAUUCUCCCUCUUUCCAUCACCUGUCCCUAUUCUCCUGCUUUCCAUCACCCUGCCCCAUUCUCCCUCUUUCCAUCACCCCGCCCCAUUCUCCCGCUUUCCAUCACCCCGCCCCAUUCUCCCUCUUUCCAUCACCCCGCCCCAUUCUCCCUCUUUCCAUCACCCCGCCCCAUUCUCCCGCUUUCCAUCACCCCGCCCCAUUCUCCCUCUAUCCAUCACCCCGCCCCAUUCUACCACUUUCCAUCACCCCGCCCCAUUCUCCCGCUUUCCAUCACCCCGCCCAAUUCUCCCUUUUUCCAUCAACCCUCCCUAUUCUCCCACUUUCCAUCACCCCGCCCCAUUCUCCCGCUUUCCAUCACCCCGCCCCAUUCUCCUGCUUUCCAUCACCCCGCCCCAUUCUCCCGCUUUCCAUCACCCUGCCCCAUUCUCCCGCUUUCCAUCACCCCGCCCCAUUCUCCCGCUUUCCAUCACCCCGCCCCAUUCUCCCUCUUUCCAUCACCCCGCCCCAUUCUCCCGCUUUCCAUCACCCCGCCCCGUUCUCCCGCUUUCCAUCGCCCCGCCCCAUUCUCCCGCUUUCCAUCACCCCGCCCCAUUCUCCCGCUUUCCAUCACCCCGCCCCAUUCUCCCGCUUUCCAUCACCCCGCUCCAUUCUCCCGCUUUCCAUCACCCCGCCCAAUUCUCCCUCUUUUCAUCACCCCUCCCCAUUCUCCCUCUUUCCAUCACCCCGCCCCACUCUCCCGCUUUCCAUCACCCCGCCCUAUUCUCCCUCUUUCCAUCACCCCGCCCCAUUCUCCCGCUUUCCAUCACCCCGCCCCAUUCUCCCUCUUUCCAUCACCCCGCCCCAUUCUCCCGCUUUCCAUCACCCCGCCCCUUUCUCCCUCUUUCCAUCACCCUGCCCCAUUCUCCCUCUUUCCAUCACCCCACCCCAUUCUCCCGCUUUCCAUCGCCCCGCCCCAUUCUCCCGCUUUCGAUCACCCCGCCCCAUUCUCCCGCUUUCCAUCACCCCGCUGUUGGAUGCACGUCAUUCUGA